AUUACACACGUGAAAAUGAGGAAGGAAACCCAGCAUAAGAAAGCAGAACAACACUUGCUUCACAUGCUCUUCAUGGACUGUACUGAUGGCUGCCUCAAUCAGAAGACACUGAGCGCAGUGUCCUUCCAAACACAGCUGACCCUGGAAACCAUGAACACCACAGUGAUAAAGGGCUUCAAUGGGUCUGAGCGGUGCCCCAGGGACACACGGAUAGCACAGCUGGUGUUCCCAGUCAUCUACACCAUCGUUUUCUUCACAGGCAUCCUGCUGAACACCUUGGCCCUGUGGGUGUUCAUUCACAUCCCCAGCUCCUCCACCUUCAUUGUCUACCUCAAAAAUACUUUGGUGGCCGACUUGAUAAUGACGUUCACGCUUCCAUUUAAAAUCCUCUCUGACUCACACCUCGGACCCUGGCAACUCAGGGCCUUUGUGUGUCGUUUCUCUGCGGUCAUCUUUUACGAAGCCAUGUAUGUGGGCAUCACACUGCUAGGCUUCAUAGCCUUUGAUAGAUUCCUGAAGAUCAUCAGGCCCUUUGGAAAAUAUUUUGUACAAAAACCUGCUUUUGCAAAAAUGAUCUCGACCUUCGUCUGGCUCUUUUUGUUCCUCAUCUCUCUGCCGAAUAUAAUCUUGAGCAAUAAGGAAGCAACACCAUCAUCUGUGAAAAAGUGUGCCUCCUUAAAGGAUCCGCUGGGGUUGAAAUGGCAUCAAGUGGUGAACUACAUAUCACAGUUCAUUUUCUGGACUGUUUUUGUCCUAAUGCUUCUGUUUUAUGUGGUGAUUGCAAAAAAAGUAUACAACUCUUACAGAAAGGCCAGAAGUAAGGACAGCAAACACAACACAAAGCUGGAAGGUAAAGUGUUUGUUGUUGUGGCUGUAUUCUUUGUGUGUUUUGCUCCAUUUCAUUUUGCCAGAGUUCCCUACACUCACAGUCAAACUAACAAUAAGACUGACUGCAGGCUGCAAAAUCAAUUGUUUAUAGCUAAAGAAACAACCCUCUUUUUGGCAGCAACUAACAUUUGCAUGGAUCCCAUAAUAUACAUAUUCUUAUGUAAAAAAUUCACAGAAAGGCUACCAUGUAUGAGAGGGAGGAAGAUCACGUCAUCAACCCAAGAAAAUCGUACUAUCCAGACAGACAAUAUAACCCUAGGCUGAUAACUUUAUUCUGGUUACCUAAUAUCUAAUAGGUAAAAUUUCAAAAGUCAAUUUGGAAACAAAGUUUAAGCAAGGAAAAAAGGAUGGAGCAAAUGCUUUUUAUUAUCCUGGUGUACAGAAAGGAUUCUAUAAAUUUUAAUUGCACAUAGAUCAAUUCAUAAGCAGAGUGAAGUAUCUGUGAGAGAAAUGCAACAGAAAGCAAGUGGCCACUAGAGGUCACCUUUUUGCAAACACUCACUGAGAUUUUGGAGAAGAUAUGGAUAAACCUGUAUUACUAAACACCUCCUUCCAGAACACCUUCUCACUUCUCACAUUCUCUGACACACAUAAUUCAAACAACACUACUGCUUCUGUAUCCCACAAGUGUUGAUACUUCCUGGUUUAAAAACAAACCAAAAAACUUGAAAGUCCUUUGAUGAAAGCUGAAGCCAUUGGGUACGAAACAUCAGGGGAAUUGAAGUAGGUCAGAAAACCCUGAGAAAGCCUGGAUGAAGGAGUUCCUCCUUAUUAAUUGUCAAGAGCCUCUUCCAGUAUUAAGAGUACUGACAUUGUUUCAGUAUUCCAUAUGUAGCAUUAGACCAUUAAGCCACAUAAAAUAUUGUACUAUUGUACGAUGCGUUCAUCUUACGUGUGUAUAAUUUAAGGGCAAGAAUACUGUACUGAUUGAUAUUCUUUGGAAUUCUCCCUCCG